AUGAAGACCUUUAUCAUUGCUGCUGCCUGCUUCUUGGGCUAUUCCGCUGCCCAGGGAAGCAUUGAGAAAGAUGCCGAGUGGACAGUGAGCGGCCUUAGCGCCUCCUCGCUCCCGGGACCACAAGGAUCUCUUACUACCCACUACUCCUUUACCGUCACAACCUCUACCCAGUCUGCUCAGUGCGACGCCACUUCCAACCAGACUGGUGCACCUCUCGGAUCCCUUCCCGAGACGGCAUGUGAUCCAGACACCUUCUCCUUCUCCUGGACGCCCAAAGGAGACGCAGGCUCUGACGGUGCGACCCUGGAGAUCUGGGACAGCGUCACUGAGCAGUUUGCUACUCACGAUAUCCCGGCUGAUGAGAUCCACCAGCAGCCCGAAUUCGUUCUGGGCAGCCACCCUUAUGUCUACAAUGGGCCCAGCGAUUUCAUUGUCGAGACACAGUUGGACUAG